AGUUGCAACCUGUCCAAGUUGUUCUCUUGUUGUUAAAGUCAUCUAUGAUCCAGAAGAUUUUGUUAAUUAUGAAGAGGAGGAAUCAGUAAAAACAUCUAAGGAAAAACUGCUGGAAAAACAUUAACUUGUCUAUAUUCUAAAAGGUAAAAAUGGGAGGAAGGGGUCGUGGUGGAAGAGGCAGAGGGCGGGGAAUGACUCUCGAACAGCUUGGAGUUCAGAGAGGGGAAGUGUUGCCAGACAACGUUGUUGGUCCCCCAGAAACUUAUCCGCCUCUAGAGUUUCGCCCUUGCCACCCACCUCAAAAGGAGAAUGUCGAGGAAUAUAUUUUGUGUAUUAAGAAGGAAUUCCAAGAGCAUAUGCAAAAUUCCCAGUAUUUUAUCCAGCCAGAAGUAAAAUGCCCUGACAUUGAAAGGUAUUCCGAUAGGUACCAAGUGCUUACCAGCCAUCGUGGGCGACUGAUGCUCAAUUGGUCACACUUUCCGAAAGAGCUUCAACCUCUUACUCCAGCAGUAGCCACUAAGAGGAAAUCAAAGGUCAAAAAAGUGAAUGUCAAUGUCAAGAAAGCCAAAGUAAAAGAUAUUAAUGUGAAGGAAACUUUAGAAAAGUUAGAAGAGAAGGAAGCUGCAGUGGGAAACGAAAGUGAGGAAGAGGAAGGAGAAGAUGACGAUGUUGAAAAUAAAGUUGAAGAAGUUGAUGAAGAGUUGGAAGUGGAUGAAGAAUUAGAUGAUGGUACCGACUACAUUAAUAACUAUUUUGACAAUGGUGAAAGUUACCUUGAUGAAGAGGAUGAUGCUCUUGAAGAAGGUGGUGUAUUUUGAAGGUGUCAUUUUUUGUCUAUGGAUACUCGAAAAUUGCUUUACUUUGGCAACGAAGCACACAUAAUGAGUGGAAAGUUGUGACUUCGAAAUGUGAUACUGAAUUUAUACUUUAGCACGUUAGUUUAUUGCAGUCAAAUGUUUUGUUAUAUUACAUUCACUUGUAUCUGUUAAAUAUACAAGUCUCUGAAACCAGUCCUUGAAAGGAAUAUUGUUAGUCUUCAGAAUAGAUCUAAUGUAUUCAUUAAGAACAAACACUUCAGGACAGCCUUAUGUUACCCUGGUAUUCUGGUUACCAAACCACUAUUUAGUAAUACCAAAAAACAUUAGCUUCAUGUUGACAAUAUUUUGCUGUGCGUUUUCUGUCAGCAAGUGCAAGGGAUAUUUUUGAGAAGCUAAUGAAAUUGGAAAAAUCAGUUUUAAAAUUAAAUACCACAACACUG